AUGUCAAAUCCAACGUCACCACCAUCAAAUAAUGCAGCAAAACGAUCAGCUACCGAUGAUUUAGAUGAACAAGCAAAGAAAAUGAAAAUUGAAACACCUGUACUUGAAAGAAAAACUCCAAUGAAUUCUGCUGAAAAUAAUGCUCCAGCUAAAUUUGUUACUGCAUCAGCACUAAUGAAUGUACCAAUUCCAGAAAUUAGUGAUGAAGAGCUAUUGGCAUUCACGCUUGAAUUUGAACGUACACAUGGUAUCAACUAA